AUGCUAACUGCAUGUAUCGGCAACUUAGCUAUACUAAAUGAGGACCCGAUCACAGGGAAGCUCAAGUACGAAGUCGUUGAAGGCCGAACCACCGCAACGUGUGUGUAUGCAAAGUAUCCGCUCAAAUUCCUACAUCCGCGACAAGCCAUCCACCAGAGUUUCGAUACAUACAUCACGUAUCUCUUAAGCUAUGGAGGAGGCCUUGUCGGAGGCGAUUCCGUAAGCGUGGAAUGCGACCUGGGUUCGGAUACAUCAGUCGUUCUUGCAACACAGGCAUCCACAAAAGUGUUUAAGUCGGAGAAUGAGGGACAGUUUGUGUCGCAAACUUUCAAAGUUAGGGUGGCUACCAAUGCUACGUUAGCAUUUCUUCCUGACCCCGUCACAUGUUUCAAGCGUGCUAAGUAUCGACAGACGCAAGUAUUUAAUCUGGAUAAAAACGCCAAUUUAGUAUUUGUAGACUGGUUGACUAGCGGUAGAAAACGCAGUUAUUUAGCCACAGAGUCUAUACGAGACAACCGAACGGAAACGCUUGAGCACUGGGACUUCAGUGAGUACGAUACAAAGUCCGAGGUAUUUGUCGAUGGUGAACGGCUGGUGACAGACCGAGUUCGCUUGGCAGAUGAAGAAGACGUGAGCUUACGUCAGCGCAUGCACAAUAUGCAUGUAUUGGGGCUCAUGGUGAUCGUUGGCCCUAAGCUGAAGGUUAUAGUGGGUCAGCUGCUGGAGCUCAGCACCCGCAAAAAACUUCACAACGCUCGAGACAUUACUCCACAAGGGCGCCUUGCAACGGCUAAUACGUUUCCUGGAGUUAUCGCGUCUGCAAGCUCAUUGGGACCAAAUUCAGUUAUGGUGCGCUUUUGUGGACAAGACAUGGAGGUAGCCAUGAACUAUGUAAAGACAACGUUAGAGCCCCUAAAAGGUAUUGUCGGUUAUUCUCCUUAUCAGGAGAAUCGAUAG